AAAUGGAUCCUCAUCAAAGAGAUGCAGAAGCCGUCGGUUGUUGUGCAAAGUCAAAUUUAGAUACGGAUGAUAUUGGCAAAGCAACUACGUUCUGGCUGUUCAGCAUUAAACGCCCGCAUAUGCGAGCCUUCCAUGCUUCAUGGUUUGGAUUUUUCGUGGCAUUUCUUGGAUGGUUCUGCGUGCAACCUUUGAUUCCAAAAAUCAAAGAAGAUCUGGGAUUAAAAGACGAGGAGAUCGCAAACUCAGGUAUAGCGGCAGUAGCGGCAGUCAUUGUUAUACGGAUAUGUGCGGGUCCUUUAUGCGAUAGGUUUGGAGCGAGACGCGUCAUGAUCGGUCUCCUCGUAGCUGGGUCUAUCCCCGUAGGACUUACCGGGCUCGUCACUAACGGACUCGGGCUGAUCAUUGUCCGUCUCUUCAUCGGCAUUCUUGGAGGUGUCUUCGUUCCCUGCCAAAUGUGGACCAUAAAUAUGUUCAGUGAUAACAUCGUAGGAAGUGCUAACGCAUUGGCGGGCGGAUGGGGCAACCUUGGUGGCGGCGUUACAUUCCUUCUUAUGCCUCUUCUGUAUCAAUUGGUAUCUUAUUCGAAUCUGAGCCCAUCUGCAGUUUGGAAGGUCACAUUAGUAAUACCUGCCAGCGUCGGUUUGAUUCUGGCAAUACCGUAUUGGUUCUUUACGGAUGAUUGUCCUCAAGGCCCAUGGCACCUAAGGAAGACGCGAUUUGCAAAUGAAGUAAAAUACGACACAAAGAAAUUAGAUGGACAUGUUAAUAAGGCAUAUAGUACAUCAGACAGUGAAAACGAAAACAACACAGAGUUGUCGGUAACAGCAGUUGAAAAUAACGGAAACCUAAGCGUCUCUGGUAACAAAAAGAUGGAAGCUCAACAAGACGGUUGGCGUGGAAAUAUUGGUCUGAAAAUAUUAACAAUCAUCAUACUUUUCGUUCAGUACGCAGCUUGCUUCGGGGUGGAGAUAUCAGUGAACAGUAACCUUAACAUUUAUUUACUGAGAAAGUUCAAAAAACCCGGAUGUAACAUAACUGAUCUAACUGGUAAAGAUUCCUACAGUUGUUCGGUGCUUACUGCAGAGACAGCAAGUCUUAUAACUUCUCUCUUUGGUCUGAUGAAUCUUUUUGCCCGUUUCACUGGGGGUUUCCUAUCCGAUGUUUGUAACAAACGCUGGAAUUUGUCUGGUCGAAUCCUUGUCCAUUUUACAGUGUUCUUGCUCCAGGGAACUCUCAUGAUUAUAUUUGGUCAAAUGGACACGAUACCCUCUGCUAUCGCUGUGCUUAUUUUUUGGAGUAUGUGCGUUCAGAACGCAGAAGGGACAACUUACUCCUUGGUUCCGUUUGUUUUGCCUGAAAGGGUAGGCAUAGUAGCCGGUAUUGUAGCCGCUGGGGGUAAUGUAGGGGGGAUUUGCUGGAACACCCUUUGGAGAUUUAGUUUAGAUAAUAUGUCGCAAUACUUUACGAUAAUUGGCAGCAUAGUAAUAGGUACAGCCCUGCUAAAUAUUGUGUUGUUUGUUGGUGGUUACCAUAUAACCGACCCACUCUGUCAGAAACAAAAUGAAAAUACUACCGGUGGUCGCGAGGCACCCGAAGAAGAUGUUUCUGAAAAACAAGCAUGUCAAAUCGUCUCCUGCGAUUCAACAAAAUUGUGAAACAUUUUGUUAAAGAUCUUGUGAUGACUUCUACUCAACUCAUACAAGCGCACCGUAUCGUCAGCACAAAUGUAAUGUAUAAAUGUUCUAAUGGACCUUUCCAAUAAACCCUGGAUGAUAUCAAUAUCAUCCCCGAUAUUACCCCUUUAAUCCCGAUGGACGUUCGAAUACGAUUUCUUUGGGGAAAUAUCGAUGCAAAUUCUAGUAAAAUUGAAAAAAACGAUAAAGCGUCACUUGGGGCAUACGAGAAUUUUGAAAAUCGUAAUUUUCCAUUUUUGUAUUACCCGAAUUUUCUCAU